UCCUCAAAAGAAUAUAAGUCCUUCUGAGGAUAGCAAUACCCCAUUUAUUUCAGUCACUAAAGCAGUCAUGAUUCUGUAAUUCCAACUGAACUGUACUUAUUAUUGUAUAGUUAACUUGGAUAGCUAGGGGGUUGCAAGUUAACCUUAUGAUGGGUUGUGCAACAUUUGCAUCAUACACCUGUCACACCAGACGCAGUCAACAAAGAAGCAACAAAGAAGAGUCCCGCUUUGGAAAAUCACCUCAAGUAUCAAUCUUCAUUUUUUGAAUAUACCCAUUAAUUGCCUUUCUGAGAGGACUGGAAUGAAAAUAGCAAACAACAUAUUCAGACUACAAACAUAUAUGGACUUUGAUAACGGUACAUAUGGAUAAUUAAAAAUGGAGCACAAAAAAGACCAUCCCGUGUGACUGACUCUACAUUGGAAUAUCCAGCACUGACAAUGAAGAAGGUUGGAUAAACUGAUCAACAAUUUAUAUCUUUUUCCAAACACAUUUCCAUUUACACUGAGGAAUUGGCAUUGGGCUAUUUAUAAGAUCUAUCGAUCAGAAGAACAGAGGAAGAACUGGUGAUUUAUCUGAGAAAUGAUGCACCCACGAGGAAGAUAAACCAUGGACCUUCAUACCAUGGACAAGGUGGACCAAAUUCUGUCAGAAUUCCUGCUGAGUAAAGAAGAGCUUAAAGAAGUGAUGAGGAGAAUGCAGAGGGAGAUGGAGAGGGGACUUCGUGUGGAAACACACGAUGAAGCCAGUGUGAAAAUGUUGCCCACUUAUGUCCGCUCCACACCUGAAGGCUCUGGCAAGAAUUAUGUUCUGUAUUCCUGAUCCUAUGAAAUUAAAUAUGUUAAAUAUUAAAGAUGUUAGUUAUUUUCUGAUUGGUUACUACUGCCCUGUAUUUUUUUUUUCUCUAAAAAAAUCUCCCAUUUUUAGUUGGUUGAUUAUUAGCAAAAUAUACAGUAUAUCCUGUAUUUUGGAUUUCUUUUUAAUACGUUUUUACAAACUGUUUGUUGGUUUUUGUGUUUUAUGUUGUUUUCAUCUUUGGGUAACAUCCAUUUCCCAGAGGUAAUUCCUAAUAGUCCAUAUGAAAAGUUUGAUAGCAGACCUGGUUAACCCACAUAAAUAUUAAUCCAUUGUCGUAUGUAUUACUUACAUAAAUGAUUCCCCCUGUUAGGUAUCUGAUGAAGUUAGGAAACACAUAGUUCAUCUUAACUAUAAUGAAGUUAAAAUAUUUACCACAGUGGUUUUGAAAAUCAUAGUCGGUGAGAAUAAUGUAAAUAUAAUGUUGGCAAAAAAGAUCUGAAUAUGAUUAUUUGACAGGUAUAUAAAGACAGAAAGUCCUACAGAGCUUAAUUGCCUAGAAUCUUGUGUUGACUAAUAUGAUUCAUCUCAGAAGUGGGUGAUUUCCUGGCACUGGAUCUUGGAGGGACAAAUUUUCGGGUGAUGCUGGUAAAAGUGGGCGAGGAUGAGGAGCGGGGCUGGAAGGUGGAGACGAAGCAUCAUAUGUACUCCAUCCCAGAGGAUGCCAUGACUGGUACAGCUGAAAUGCUGUUUGACUACAUUGCGGGGUGCAUAUCUGACUUCCUGGACAAGCAUAAUCUCAAACAUAAGAAGCUUCCACUUGGUUUCACUUUCUCUUUUCCAGUCCGUCAUGAGGAUUUGGACAAGGGCAUUCUGCUUAACUGGACAAAAGGCUUCAAGGCCUCUGGUGCAGAGGGCAAUAAUGUUGUGGGUCUGCUGAGAGAUGCUAUUAAAAGACGAGGGGAUUUUGAAAUGGAUGUGGUUGCUAUGGUGAAUGACACAGUAGCCACCAUGAUCUCCUGCUACUAUGAGGACCGCAGCUGUGAAGUUGGCAUGAUAGUAGGCACUGGCUGUAAUGCUUGCUAUAUGGAGGAGAUGCGUACAGUGGAGCUGGCGGAGGGAGAGGAGGGACGGAUGUGUGUGAACACUGAAUGGGGAGCAUUUGGGGACAAUGGUGAACUGGAGGAGUUUCGUCUGGAAUAUGAUCGUGUUGUAGAUGAGACGUCACUCAACCCUGGACAACAGCUGUAUGAGAAGCUGAUUGGUGGAAAGUAUAUGGGAGAGCUUGUGCGUCUUGUGCUGCUAAAACUUGUGAAUGAAGAUCUGCUGUUUAAUGGUGAAGCCUCAGACAUGCUGAAAACAAGGGGAGUUUUUGAAACUCGCUUCAUUUCCCAGAUUGAGAGUGACAUGGGGGACAGAAAGCAGAUUUAUAACAUCCUAAGUUCGCUGGGAAUCUUGCCAUCCGAGCUGGACUGUGACAUUGUACGUCUGGCUUGUGAGAGUGUGUCUAUGCGAGCUGCUCACAUGUGUGGGGCUGGACUCGCUGGCGUCAUCAACCUAAUGAGGGAACGACGUUGUCAAGAGGAACUGAAGAUCACUGUGGGAGUGGAUGGCUCGGUCUACAAACUACACCCUCGUUUCAAGGAGAGGUUUCAUAAACUUGUGCGGGAAAUGACACCUCACUGCGAAAUUACCUUCAUCCAAUCAGAAGAGGGGAGUGGUCGGGGUGCGGCUCUCAUUUCUGCAGUGGCAUGCAAGAUGGCUUGCAUGCUGGCACCAUGAUGUAUUUCACAUGUUUCAGCCUCAUUUACAUCUGGUGGAAGUCUAGGAUCAUCAAUGAACUGUAAUGUUGAUAGACAUUCAUAUAGAGUGGUCUCAGAAAGCACCUUCUUGUGGUGAACAUUGUAUUGUGUAAGUGAAGGAGGUGGUUUAAGGGUUAUGACAAUAUUAAUAAUUUAGACAUUUGCUGUUCAAAUGCUUUUAGACACAAAUAUACAGUACAUAAUGCAUUAUUACUAUUGUCUGGAGCACAUGUUGUUUUACAUUUAUAGGCUACAUUGCCUUUUACUUUGGUGACUGAAUGUUAGGAGAAAAGCAGAGGGAACUUUGAUGUUGUAUAAAUGAACUGUUCGGGUUCAACUUAAGCUUAUUGCACACUGUUUAGUGCUUGUUUUAUUUAUUACCUUUUAAACUGUUUAUAUUCAGUGGUAAUCACAACUGUUAAAUUAUUAAAGAGAGGAACUGAACAUGCUUUGUACAUGUACUGUAAAAUGAUUAAUUACUGUAAAUAAAGCUGCUGUAC